GGGGGCCCCCCGCCCCCGGGGGGCCCCCCGGGGGGCCCCCGGGGGGCCCCCUGCCCCGGAAGUACAGCGGGAUUUGGUUUGACCCGCAGCAGAACUGCUGGAGGGCCUCGUGGGUUUGCGCGGAAAGCGGAAAGAGAAAGUUCAGAUAUUUUUCUUCUGCGAAGUUUGGGCACGAGAAGGCGCUGCAGUUGGCGGUGGAGACGAAGGAACGCGCGGUGGAACGCAAGAAAGUCAAGGCCCAGCAGCAGCAGCAGCAGCAGCAGCAGCAGCAGCAGCAGCAGCAGCAGCAGCAGCAGGAGGUGGAGGUGCAGCAGGCGGCUGCGCCGCUGCUGCCUGCGGUGAAGCCGGAGCCGGGCCCGCGCGCGGGCGCGGCGGCUGCGGCUGCGCCGCUGCGCCCUGCCGCUGCUGCAGCUCCCGCUGCUGCUGCUGCUGCAGCGCCUGCUGCAGCAGCAGCAGCAGCAGCAGAGCUGCUGCAGCAGGCGCGCGAAGUGCCCAAGGUGCCCGGAGUCUACUACGACGCAGCAAGGAUGAUCUGGAGGGCCUUUUGGCACGAGGGAGGCCGCAGAGUCAUCAGAUACUUCACAGUUAACAAACAUGGCUUCAGAAGGGCCCACCAGUUGGCGCUGCUGACGCGGAAGCGCGCAGCAGAGGCGCUGCAGCAGCGCCGCCGCAGGCUGCUGCAGCACGCUGCUGCUGCUGCUGCAGCGGGGCAGCAGCAGCAGCAGAAAGCGCAGCUUUCCCACGCAGAGGCCCAGUUCGACGCCGCCAACGCCAGGCUCGAACGCGCGCUGCAGCAGAUCCAGCAGAUGGAGGAAAAGGAGGCUGCUGCUGCUGCUGCUGCUGCUGCGGACCCUCCCGCUGCUGCUGCUGCUGCUGCGGCUGCGGCGGGGGCGGGGGCGGGCAGCAGCGGCGGCGGCGCGGAGGCAGGGGCGGGCGCGGCAGGGCCGCCGCAGGGCCCUGCAGACACCGCUGCUGCUGCUGCUGCUGCUGCUGCUGCUGCUGCUGCGGCUGCUGCUGCUGCUGCGGGGGCGGGCGUGCUGCACGCGCCGAUGGCCUGCAAGACUCCGGGCGGCGCGCUCCCCGACGCCGCGGCAGCAGCAGCAGCAGCAGCAGCAGCAGCAGGCCCUGCUGCUGCUGCUGCUGCUGCUGCUGCUGCUCCGUACUACGGAGGCAGCGGGAGAGUGGACUACUUGGAGAGAGUGGCGCAGCUGCCGGUGGAGCCGCAAGUGGAGUGGUCGGAAGCAAUGAAGGCCUGGGUGGUGACAGCAGCAGACGAGGAGGAGGGGCCCCCCGCUGCUGCUGCUGCUGCUGCUGCAGCAGGCAGCAGCAGCAGCAGGGGGGCCCCCGGGGGGCCCCACAGACUCGGACUGCAGCACUGCGGCCGCCCCGUCCUCAAGAUGUUUACUAUUCGCAAAUUUGGGUUUAGAGUGGCGAGAGAAAGGGCCCUGGAGUGGAGGGACAAGAGACGCGGCAAAGCAGCAGCAGCAGCAGCUGCUGCUGCUGCUGCAGCAGACUCUGCAGCAAAGCGAAACCGAAUCGCAAACCCCCAAAACGCGAUGCUGCUGGACCAGGGGGACGUUUCGGGAGCCGCAGCAGCGCAGGCAGCAGCAGCAGCAGCAGCAGCUGCUGCUGCUGCUGCUGUGUCUCCGAGCUACUCGACGAGCACGUGCGCGUCGACGCCGAGCCCGUCGGCGUCUCCGGCUGCUGCUGCAGUGUCUGCUGCAGCAGCAGCAGCGGCAGCAGCGGGUGGGGAGCUGUGGGGCGGGAGCGGGAGCAGCAGCAGGAAGCGGCUGGCUGCUGCUGCUGCUGCUGGCGGCGCGGGCGUGUUGUACGAGGCGUCUGCGGCGUGCGAAGCAGUGCCCGCUGCAGCAGCAGCAGGUAGCAGCAGCAGCAGCAGCAGCAGCAGCGGCCUGGGCGUGGGCGCGUCGCCGCUGUGUGCUGCGGCCAGCAGCAGCAGCAGCAGCAGCAGCAGCAGCAGCGUGGAGGUGAUGCGGAGCGCGGUGUGCCACAUCCUGAAGGACCUGCAGCAGUGCAUAAGCCGGCUGCUGACGUCGGAAGCAGCAGCAGCAGCAGCAGCAGCAGCAGGGGAGGAGCAGCUGGCGCUGGAGGUGCACGGCUGGAGCCGCGCGGUGUACGUACAGCUCGAACUCUUCUCCUCCUUCGCGCGCCUUGCGCAGCAGUCCAGACACCCCGAGGCCGAGGCGCUGCUGUCGGGAAUGCUGCUGCCUUACUUGCGACUUUUCGCGCACUGCAUUCGCUUCAACAAGCUGCCAAGUGAGCUGCCAGAGGGUUAUCAGUUGCUGCUGCUGGAUGCCCUUUGCAUCCUCGGAGCCCCAGACGCUGCUGCGCGCCUGCAGCAGCAGCAGCAGCAGCAGCAGCAGCAGCAGCAGCAGCAGCGGGAGCGGCAGCAGCGCGAGCGGCAGCGGGCGCGCGCGGUGGGCGCGCUGGGCGGCGAGGCGGCGAGGGAGGGGUUGCAGCUAACGGAGGGGGAGCAGCAGGGGCAGCUCGCGCUGCAGCAGCAGCAGCAGCAGCAGACGCAGCCUGCUGCUGCUGCUGCUGCUGCUGCGGCGGCGGCGGCGGCGGCGCCGGAGGCGAACGAACUCGCUGCUGCUGCAGCUAGCUCCGCUGCAGCGCCGCCGCUCGUGGCGCCCCACGCGUGA